AUUGUCAAAUGUCAAUAUACAGUUUGGGAAAAAUUUGAAAUAAUCCAAACUUAAGAAGUACUAAGAAAAAUUUGUUACUUGCAUUUUAAUUUCGCCAAUUUGCAACUUACCCUGAAUGUCCUUAGUUGUGUGACUGUGACAUUAACUUGACGACGAAGGUUAACUUAUAUACUUUUAUAUUGACUGCAGAUUUCCAAGUCGGAACAAACAAAUGAUGGAAAUAUCAUUCAAAGGAAAACGGAUACUAGUUACUGGUGCUGGUCAAGGGAUUGGUCGAGGGAUUGCAGUAGAAUUAUGGAGAGCUGGGGCAAAUAUUGUAGCAUUAUCUAGAACAAGAUCACAUUUAGAGGCCUUACAAAGCGAAUAUCCAUCAAUAGACAUUAUUGAUGUAGAUAUAGCUGAUUGGGAAAAGACCCGUGGCAUAGUAGAAUCUUUGGGACCGUUUGAUGCAUUAGUAAACAAUGCUGCGAUUGCCAUAUGUGAACCUUUCCUUACUUGUUCUUCAUCCAGUUUUGAUAAGACAUUUGAUGUCAAUGUUAAAGCAGUUUUAAAUAUAAGCCAAGUUGUAGCACGAAAAAUGAUAGAAAAAAAAAUCAAUGGGGCAAUUGUAAAUAUAUCUUCUCAAGCUUCUAAAGCUGCUCUACAAGAUCAUACAAUAUAUAGUGCUUCAAAAGCAGCUCUAGAUGCUUUAACCCGAGCAAUGGCCUUAGAAUUGGGACCGCAGGGAAUAAGGGUUAAUUCUGUCAAUCCUACAGUAAUAAUGACUGCCAUGGCGAAAGUUGGUUGGUCUGAUGAAAAGAAAAGCUCAGAAAUGCUAUCUAAGAUUCCAUUAAGAAGAUUUGGUGAAGUUCAUGAAGUGGUGAAUGCUGUUGUGUUCCUAUUAAGUGAGCGAGCCAGCAUGAUAACUGGUGUUGAAUUGCCAGUUGAUGGAGGAUUUCUAGCCACAUAAUCAUUUCCAUGCCGUUGAAGAUCUGCUAAUAUUAAGUACCAAAGAAAAUUUGCCAUUAACCAUUACUAAUGCAUUUUUUUCAUGCCUUAUAGUAAGAGAUAUUAUUUCAGAUGUCUUUUAUAUACAAAACAUUAUAUUUUACUGUAUAAUAAUUUUUAACAUGUUCUUUUAUAUUAAAUUGUUCUGAAAUUGAAUAAGGAAUAUGUAAAUUGUUUUGUUGAAUAAAUAUGUUUGUAC